CGGGGCCGUAACGGGGCGGGGCGGUGCUGGCGGCGGGGCCGGUGUGGGGCGGGCGCAAGGCGCAGCCGGUGCGGGGCGGGCGGGGAGCGGUGCCGCGGCCCGAGCCCGAGCGGAGCCGAACGGAGCCGCCACCGCCGCCGAUGGGCCCCUGAGCCGCCGCCGCCGCCGCGCCCGGGCGGCCAUGAAGCCGCUGGAGAAGUUGCUGAAGAAGCCGGGCUCGCACCUGCCCGUCCGCCCCGCCGCCCCCCCGGGGCAGGUACCGGGGCCGGGGUCGGUGGCGGCGCCGCGGCGGCAGAGCCUGUCGCGCCCGCCCGCCUCCCCCGAGGAGCCGGCGGGGCCCGCGGGGCCGGUACCGGGGGGCGAGGGCCGCUGGCUGGAGCUACGGCCGCCCGAGGCGCCGCUCCGCUCCCCCGAGGACCCGUCACCGGGCUGCGACCGCGAUCGGGACCGGGACCGGGAGCGGGAGCCGCCGAGCCCGGAGCCGCCGCCCGCCGCCCGGUGCUGCUGCGGCUGCGGCUGCGCCCCCGCCGCGCCCGCGCCCCCCGAGCGGCUCCUGGCCGCGCUCCUCGACCGACUGCCGGCGGCUGCACACGGGAGGGGCUGCGGGGCAGAGUCGCUGCUGGAUGACAUCGUGCUCACCCACUCGCUGUUCCUGCCCACCGAGCGCUUCCUGCAGCAGCUGCACCAGCACUUCGUGCUGGCGGCGGGCAGCCCCCCGGCGCGCUGGGAGGAGGGCGCGGGGCUGCGGCGCAAGCGGGCGGUGCUGGCCGUGCUGCUGCACUUCCUCGAGACCUACAAGGGGCUGCUGCAGGAGGAGGAGAGCGCCGGGAAGGUCAUCAAGGAGCUUUACCUGCUCAUCAUGAAGGACACGUCGCUGUACCACGAGCUGGAGGACGAGAUCAUCAAGCUGCACCAGCUCGUGGAGACUGUGGAGCUCAAGGUGGCCGACGAGACCCCCCCCCCGAACAAGCAGGUGAAGCCGCUGUUCCGGCAUUUCCGACGCAUCGACUCCUGCCUGCAGACCCGCGUGGCAUUCCGGGGUUCUGACGAGAUUUUCUGCCGCGUGUACAUGCCCGACCACUCGUACGUCACCAUCCGCAGCCGCCUCUCGGCCUCGGUGCAGGACAUCCUGGCCUCGGUCACCGAGAAGCUGCAGUACUCGGAGGAGCAGAGCGCCCGCGGGGACGCCCUCAUCCUCGUCACCAUGGCCUCGUCCGGAGAGAAAGCGGUGCUGCAGCCCAGCGAGGAGUGCGUGUUCACCACCCUGGGCAUCAACAGCCACCUGUUCGCCUGCACCAGGGACACGCUGGACUCCCUGGUGCCGCUGCCCGAGGAGAUCCAGGUGGUGCCGGGAGACAGCGAGAUCCACCGGGCCGAGCCCGAGGACGUGGCCAACCACCUGACAGCCUUCCACUGGGAGCUCUUCCGCUGCAUCCACGAGCUGGAAUUCGUGGAUUACGUGUUCCACGGGGAGCGCGGCCGGCGCGAGACGGCGAACCUGGAGCUGCUGCUGCAGCGCUGCAGCGAGGUGCAGCACUGGGUGGGCACCGAGCUGCUGCUCUGCGAGGCGCUGGGCAAGCGCGCCCACCUGCUCAAGAAGCUCAUCAAGAUCGCUGCCAUCUGCAAGCAGAACCAGGACAUGCUCUCCUUCUACGCCAUCGUCAUCGGCCUCAACAACGCCGCCGUCAGCCGCCUGCGCCUCACCUGGGAGAAGCUCCCAGGGAAAUUCAAGAAUCUCUUUCGGAAGUUUGAGAACCUGACGGACCCCUGCAGGAACCACAAGACCUACAGGGAGGUGCUGGCCAAGAUGAAGCCCCCGCUCAUCCCCUUCGUGCCUCUCAUCCUCAAAGAUCUGACCUUCCUGCACGAAGGCAGCAAAACCCUCCUGGACGGGCUGGUCAACGUGGAGAAACUGCACUGCAUCGCUGAGAAAGUGAGAACCGUGAGGAAGUACCGGAGCCGCCCCCUCUGCCUGGAGCUGGAGGCGUCCCCGGCCCAGCUGCAGACCAAGGCCUACGUGCGGCAGCUGCGCGUCAUCGACAACCAGAACCUGCUCUUCGAGCUCUCCUACAAGCUGGAGCCCGGCAGCCAGUGAGGGGGGGCCCGGCCCGGGACCCCCAACCCCGGCACCCCCCGGGGGGCCCGGAGCCCCCCAGCACUGACGCACUUUGCCCAGCCCCGGCCCUUGGGUGCUGCCCCCACCCUUGGGGGGGGGUGGGGGGGGUGGGUUUGGGGACCCCCCUGGCAAAUCCCCCUCUCCCCCUGCCCCCUCCCCUGGCUGGGGCACGGGGGUCCCUGGGGGGGGGGUCUUGUAACCCCCCCCCAUCCCCUCUAUUUUUGUAUGUGUGGCCCGCCCCCCUCCUCCCCCCCCCCCCCCCAGACGUGUAUAUUUUGUACCGCCGCUGUCCGGAAUUGUACAUUUAUUUUUUAAGAAAAAGGAGGAAAAAAAGAAAAAAAAAAAAGAAAAA